GAGAGAGAGGAGAGGGGGGGCCCCGAGACACGGAGCCGAGAGCGGGAUGCUGGGAGGCGGCGGCGACGGCGGCCAUGUUGCCGUAUCCCGAGAGAAGAGAGAACGAUCCGAGAGAGCACCGUGAGGCUGCUUCGUUUGUUGCUUGCAGCGGCUGCCCAAACUUUGGGUGGUUUAAUUCUACCUGUUGGGCCGCACAGUUCGGGGUGUAGUGCAUCCGUUCCACCCUCGAGUUCGCUCGGCGAACACGCGCGAGAACAGCGAGAGCAGAGGAAAACGAGAGAGAGAGAGCUCGUGGUGACGAGAGUCUCGCGCGGCUUCGACACGCACCGGACGUCGCUCGAUCUCGUCGCGCCGGAGUAUAGUACGCUCGCGUCCGCGAUCCACGGCGACGAUGUCGUCGUGCUUCCCGUACACGUCGCCGUUCACCACGUCCACCGCGUCGCCGUCGCGUUCCUCACCGUCGUUGUUGUCGCGGCCGUCGUCGCGCCCGUCGUCGUCGCAGCCGCGGUCUGCGCGAGCGUGCGCGUGUGCCUGAAGCCGGUGUACAAGUGCGAAGAUCGUGGACAGACGAUCCGGUUUGGAAAAACCGUUCCCGUGAGUCCGGAUCCUCGUGACUCGUCGAAAAGAGGGGUGUGCGCGAAAGGAACGAUAGCGCUUGGUGACUGGCUAAGCGGAACGCGGCCGAGGAAUGGACCAGAAACCAGGAUAAUGAGGUGCGCGGAGUGAAUUUUGUGAGUUACACCGGGUGCUUCUUUGUCUCGCUGUCUGUCUCACUCGUGAAUCCCAGUCGGAGGAAAAUCUCAAACGCGAACUUUACGUGUCUGGGAUCGCGCGAAAACGGACAAAAAGAAGGGGAGGAGGAGGAAGAAGAAGAAGAAGAAGAAGAAGAGGAAGAGGAAGAGGAAGAAGAGGAGGAAGAGAAGGAACAAGAACAAGAAGAACAAGAAACGAUAACUCAUCGUGUGUCGAACCGUGCGUGUCGUGAUAUAAAUAAAGAGAAACGAAAUAAAAAAGAAAGAAAGAAAGAAAAAAGGGCAACCCGCGACAGGGUAGCCCCUGUCCCCGAAGAGAAGGCCUCGAACUGUUCGAAACCGCGAGAGAUUCACGCUUGGAACGGGUCGAUCCAUCGCGAAGGUGGUGACACUAUCAUCCGUGGAGAUGUGAUCCGGAACACAGGAGGGACGCUUAGUAGUUUGUAGUUGGCCCCCUCCCCCCUAGCCACCCCACCCCACCAGCACCUUCGACCUACCACCUACCACCACCGUUUCUCUACCACCUUUCUUCUACUGCUCUCCACGUACGUACACAAGCGCACCGGCAACCGUCCAACCGUUUCCAGCCACCGGCAUCACACACCGACAUCGACGUCGAUCCAUCUUCCAGAGAAUAUAUCGACUCUCUCGCUCUUUAUCUCUUUCUCUCUCUCUCUUUCUUCGUUUCUCUCUCUCUCUUUCUCUCUCUCUUUUUCUCUCGUAUGCACCGAGGCCUCCUCCAAUUCCGAUCCUGCGAGAUACGCGCGAGAUUACCCCCUUCAGAUACGCUGUCCUCUCUACCCAAGAGCUCCGACAAAAUCCCAGACUGCUCCUCUUCCCACACGUUUCAAUCAAGUGCCAUACAACGCUCAGCAAAAGACUGUGAUACGCAUUACCUAUGCCUAGAAUCCGUUCGUUCAUCACGUAGACGAUAUUAGGACGAUAUUAUAGUCGAACAAGAUCGAAGAAGAGUGGGAGGCUCGGUGGGGUACGCCACGUUGAUAAGAAACGCCACGAUUAGACGAACUGGAAAGAGAAGUGGAAGACUGCGAGGGAGAAUGUCGACUUGCACCGACGAGGCCGACAACGCACCCCUGCACAUGCAGGAGGCUCUAUCCCCGGUGCAGGAGGGGCCAGUGUCUCCGGCAUCCUCCUCGCUGAGCAACCAGAAUCAAAACGAGAGCGAGCAGCAGGUAUUACUGGCGACGAUGCAGCCUGUGAACGUUCUAGACCUGCACGAGCCAGCUACAGUUCACUCGCUCCAUCCCAAGUACCAUCAUCACCACCACCGCCACCACCACCAUCACCACCACCACCAUCAUCAACAGCAACAGCACAUCCAGCCGGAUCCGGACGACGUUCAACAAAGGGCCGACGAUCCCGACGGCAGAGUGACGCCUGGCGCCGACCCAGCCGCCGCCAACACGACGCUGGGCGUCGGCGAGCACAAGAUGAUCGACCUGAUCUACAACGACGGCCAAAAGACCGUCAUGUACACCCACGACAAGGAGAUCAUCUACGAAAACGAAGCGGAUCGCGUCCAGGUGGUCGAGUAUCCACCUCCGCCACCCUCGCCGCCAUCCCCAUCGCCACCCUCCGCGGUCACCAGAGCUGGACUACUGCCGCCUGCCUGCGUCACGCCCAGAUCCGGCUCCUCGACGGCGUUGCACCUUCAUCAUUAUCCCCAACUGCAGUUGCAACACGAGGACGACCUUCCACCAGGUGUCCGCCACGCGGUCAACGCCACCGUACCUAAUUGUGGCGCGGCCACGACGACCACUACCGUGUUGGUGCUCUCGGAACUGGUCGCUGCUGACCCCGCCGCUGGUGCUGCCGCUGCCCAACAACUCACCCUCACUGCCGCCGCCGCCGCUGCCUCCCUUCGUGCUGGACGGCGAAGCCGCGGGGAGGAGGAUACGAGCGGCGUUGAGGAGAAUUCGCAGCAACAGCAGGCGAGCUACGUGGCGGGAGGUCAGCGCGACACAGAGGAAGAGGAAGAGCUGGGGGCAGAGGAGGCGGCGGCGCAGGCGGCGCAGUCCCUGCAGAGCGGCGCCGAGGGCGCCGACCCAGAGGUACACAAGAGGGUUGCUGCGGUGCAGGUGCAGGUGCAGGGUAUGGAGGGCGACUGGCGGACCUACUGCGAGCACCCGCUCUCGGUGGCGACCGCGGCCAUGCUGAAUCUACAACAGCAGCACCAGGUCUCGGCCGUGGCCAGCCACGGCGACGACCCGGCUCCCUAUGUCUACGAGUACUACAAACUGCCCGACAAGAACGCCGACGUCAAAUUGCCGCCUACCCACGAACUUUGGUCCACGGGUGUGAUGGGCCAGAAGCUGCUGGUGCAGGAGGCGCCUGGCUCCGGUUCCGGUUCGGCGAAUCGGAUGGAAGGCGGCGAAGGCGCCGGUGGGGGGGAGCUGCACCACUUCCUCCACCAGUACAACCAACAGUCCCACAGUCCCGGGCAGAGCCUGCAGGGUGGCCUUCCGCUUCCGCUUAGCCCGCAGUCCCUCAGACACGACGGUUCCUCGAGCACCGGGAUCGCCGGAGUGAAAAGGGAGCCGGAGGAUUUGAGCUCGUCGAGAGGGGCGCAACAGUCCAGCAAAAGGCACAAGCAGGCGCAACCGGACAGUCCCACACCGCCGGGGAUGUACCAUCAUCAUCAACAUCAACUACAGGUUCAGCAAUACGGCAGCCCCUACGACCCGUACAGCUCGUGCAGCCCGCGACUCCAGUCAACGACGUACACGUCGACCUCGGCGACGGGCGCUGCCAACGCGGGGAAUCCGAGCGGACUGCACCAGGAGGCGACCGCGGUCUACGUGACGGGGGACGCCCUACCACCUUUGGCAUCCUCGAGCUCCUCCUCGUUAUCGACCACGACCGCUUCGUACACGAGGUACGAGGUUGUGCCAAGCUCUUACGCGACGACACACGCGAUACGCUCCUCGUCGAGCAGCAGCAAAGUCCUGACCGUUGAUCUUCCCAGCCCCGACUCCGGGAUCGGCGCGGACGCGGUCACGCCCAGGCAAGAUCAUCAUCCGCCCACGGCGCUGCAUCAGUCCUCGUUCGACUACACGGAAUUAUGUCCCGGUGGAACGGCCGCUGGAGCUGCUGUGGUUCUCGAGAGCGGUGCUGUUAUACACCACCAACCAUUGCAGCUACAGCUACAGCAAAGCCACGCGCAAGCACAGGUGCAACGGGGAGCUUUGGUGUCCUCUGCGGCGACCAACUCCAAUCCUAACCCGAAUCCUCCGAGGUCGCGGCCUUGGCACGAUUUUGGAAGGCAGAACGACGCGGACAAAAUCCAAAUACCAAAAAUAUUCUCCGCCUAUGGAUUCAAAUAUCAUCUAGAAUCACCGAUUAGCACGUCGCAGCGUCGAGAGGAUGAUAGAAUCACGUAUAUUAAUAAAGGACAAUUCUAUGGAAUCACGCUAGACUAUGUUCCUGAUCCUGACAAACCUUCUUUAAAGGCUGGCCAGACUGUUAAGAGCGUAGUAAUGUUGAUGUUCCGAGAAGAGAAGAGCCCAGAAGACGAGAUUAAGGCGUGGCAGUUCUGGCACGGAAGGCAACAUUCUGUCAAGCAACGUAUUCUCGAUGCUGACACGAAGAACAGCGUGGGACUGGUGGGUUGCAUAGAAGAAGUUGCACACAAUGCGAUUGCCGUUUAUUGGAACCCACUCGAAUCCUCGGCGAAGAUCAACGUGGCUGUGCAAUGUCUAAGCACCGACUUCUCCAGUCAAAAAGGCGUGAAAGGAUUGCCUUUGCAUAUCCAGGUGGACACGUACGAAGACCCACCGCCGCAUACUCACACGUACACACCACCCUCGCAUCGCGGCUAUUGCCAGAUCAAAGUGUUUUGCGACAAGGGAGCUGAAAGGAAGACUCGUGACGAGGAGAGGAGAGCAGCGAAGAGAAAGAUGACGGCGACCGGUAGGAAAAAGCUCGACGAGCUCUAUCAUUCCGUCACGGAACGCAGCGAAUUUUACUCCAUGGUCGAUCUUCAUAAACCUCCGGUCCUCUUCUCUCCACCAGCGGAACACACUAUAGACAAGUUUUCGACGAUGGAGUUGUCGGGCUUCUACGGAGGUGGCGGCGGGGGCGGUGGCGAUACAGACACAUCGUCCCUGAGUAAUGGCGAGGGCGGAGGAUUGAAGGCGGGGGGCAGCAGCCCUUAUCCUGCCUGCGGGAGACCCAGCUUGCCAGCCCUCAAGUUCCACAACCAUUUUCCGCCCGACAAUCUGACUAGCCUACACGACAAGAAGGACUCCUUGCUGAUGCAGGUGCAGGAGCUGCAAGGCUCGGUGCUGCAGGGGGUGCAGCAAGGCCUCGCCGGAACGGUGGUGUCCGGGGUCGGAAACCGGCUGCAUCUGCAACAGCAACCGCCUCAUCUACGCCCAACCGACGCAGAGGAACGAGUGAUGCUGUACGUUCGCCAGGAGUCCGAGGACGUGUACACACCGCUGCACGUUACGCCGCCGACCGUUCAAGGAUUGUUGAACGCUAUUGAGUCAAAGUACAAAAUUGCAUCCUCGAGUAUUAAUAACCUCUAUCGCAAAAACACAAAGGGAAUUACAGCGAAAAUUGACGACGAUAUGAUCCGAUAUUACGUGGACGAGGACCUGUUCCUGCUGGAGGUAACCCAUUCCCGAGUGCCGAAUCCAGAUCCGAGCAACGAGCGCAAUCCGGCCAAUCCUGGAUCACCUGGUGAUCCCGGUGAUCCGAGUGAUCCACCUGCCACCGCGGGAUACGACGUCACCCUGAUCGAACUACCCUCAGCGUCGGCGCACAUAGCUCACUCGCCCCUCAAUUCCGCGCAUGGGCACGCGCACGUUCACGAGAGCGGCAACACGUGAACCUUUCGAAAGCACGAAGAAGAAGAAGAAGAAGAAAGACGGAUGUAAUUACAUCGUACGUGGCUUUCGUCGUUUUGUGUAAAUAAGUCUGAGAGAGGGACAAAGGCAGCCGUCGAUGGUCGAAGCGAGAAAUCGUCGACACGGUGCAAUGAUAAUAUGAAUUAUUGGACGUUAUUUCGACCAGAAAAAGCUCUUCAGGGACCUGCUUUUUGAAGAAAUCGCGUCGAGUGCGAAGUGGAAGAAGGAGAAGAAGAAAAGCGGAAGACGGAGAAGAGGAAGAGAAGAUUCCGGUGAAUGAUGAAUAAUUAAUUGCCACUUUACCCCACCAGUGUUUAUCUUUAAGGAACAAAUUUACGAAGGAAGAAAAGAAGAGAACUUAGGAGAGAAAAAUGUCCAAUGAGUUAUCCACGAGAUUGGAUUUGGACAGUCGUAAGUCGAACUUAAACGAAACACAAUGAGAAGGAAAUUCAGAACUGUUCUUCAUAUCGUACAAUACAAGAAGUCAAAAGAAGGGAAAGAAAAACAAUCGUUAGUUGAUAGUGAUCGUCUUGUGUAACGUUUUGAAUGAUCGUGUCUGUUAGAUCGAUAUACAGAUAGUUUCAACGAUGUAGAGAAUUUCGUGGAUACAGGGUGAUGUUUGAUCGAUUCGAAUAUGAAUUGAUUUCGAUAUAUACAAAAUUUUAUUUAUCGAUAUUUUUCCCCCUCUUUCGUAUGUUUGCAAAAUACUUACUAACGUCAUUAUUAACAUCAACGCUCUUGAUCGAAGAAUUUAUAAUUCAAAAAGGAAAGAAAAAAAACAUACCUCGUAUGCACGAAAUGUAACGAUUGAACAAUCUGUAUACGCGUAAACGAUUUUUUAAUACGAAGCAUAAAAUCGCGAAGAAAUAUAUUUCUAACCAUGCAAGGCGACUCGUUUUUUAUAUUAUAAUUUUUUUUUUGUUUGUUUUCAUUUGUGAACAAUUUAUAUCGAUGGUUGUUAGCUUAUAGAGUACCGUUGAGCAUCGUAAUUGAAACACGAUGGCUACAUGUAAAUCAAUCAAAAUUGAUUUAAGAAAUUUCCCGCCCCUAUCCCCGUUAAUUAUUAAGUUAUAGAUUUAUAUAUAUAUAUAUAUAUGUUAUAUAUAUAUAUUACGUACGUAUGACGUAUAGAUGUAUAUGAUAAAAAAAAAAUGCCACUCUAUUUUAUUGUAUCGUCGGUUUUAGAGUUUAAAUACUUGUUUAUACGUUUAGAAGAACCGAUGGUCGGUAUUUCGACCAAUCGACGUGCACGAAGCAAGCUUAUUUUAUACCAAGACUUGUACGUAGAGAUAGAAGUAUAACUUUGAACGUCGCCAUUCCAAGAUAGACGGGUGCCAUCGAGCAUUUUAUCUCUUUAUAAUGUUGCGCUCAUACAUACACGUUCAGCUAUAUGUAAGUUCUUGAUUAAGAUUCUCGAGCGGAGUCAAUAGUUUCACACCACGUUUGAACAUUCGAAGAUUCUUAUUUCCUCCCAUUUCCAAUAUUCCAGAUUAAUCGAAGGAACGUUUAAACAUCUCUUUCUUCUUUUUUUGCAUCAACUGUUGAUUUUUAUAUCAUUAUUAUUAUUAUUAUUAUUUAUAUUAAUCAAAAAUCUACUGAAUCGAUUUAAUAUCCCUUAAAUACUUUGCAAUCAUUUCAGAAUCCUCUUGAGUAUCCCAGCAUCGUUUGAUAUUAUACAAAGAACAAGUAUUACUCAAUUGAAAUACGUAAUCUUUUUUUUCGUUGAGAUUGAAAUAAAAGGGAAAAUAUACGUUCAUCCGCCCCAGUGGACAUUAUUGCAACAAAUAUUGCAAUAUUUAAGAUAGACAAAUACGUUAUAUCUCUAAGAACAUUAUUUCCUUGAACGUUAGACAACUCUUUGAGAACAGAUAUUUCCAGUAUGAAAUUCCCUGAAAAAAAUACAUAAAUGAAAUGAAAAUUUUAAAGAAUAUAUUUUAUCAAAAUGAUCUUUAAAAAAUAUAUAUCCGUCUACGAGUUUCCAUAAUUCCAAAAAUUAUAAAUCGUUCUCGAAGGGUUUUUAUUUUAACAUGUAAGCCCCGUGAAACCCAAGUUUAUCUUGAUUAUGGCAGAAACAGAAUAUACAAUGAUCAUAACCAAUGAUUCUCUGCAACGUCGUGAAGAAUCUGAAACGAGAGCGGCAAGAUAUUAAAAAUUGUCAAUAGCCUUUGAUUAUAUUAUCAUUUUUUUUUUCUUUUUAAGGUGAGACAACAUUAACGUGCCACUGGUAAAAACGAAUCAUUUCAUCAUCACACACGUCGCGUGAUUUUUAUUGGAAAAAUUACAUGUCGUGCACACGUAUACAUAUUACACGUACACACAUUUACGCGCAUACACUCAUCUUAAAAAUUAAAAAUUAGUAAUUAGUUCGCAUUUAGGUUGGACUAGAAUGCAUCGCGAUCAUGACACAUCACUGUUGUCUUCAUUUUUGUUCUUAUGUGAAAAGGCAAAAAAAAAAAAAAAAAAAAAAAGGAAUGAAUAAUUAAAUAAACAUAUACACAUCCUAUACAUGUAUCACAACACCAAUAUCAAAGCAAGGAUCAAAAUACGCUUGUAAAAUGCAUAUUAUUAUAUGAGUACUAUAUUUUGUUACAUCUAUCUGCAAGACAGCAUAUAGUUUGAUAUUAUUAAUAUUAUUUGAUUCUAUUGACUAGAGCUACGUAAUACGUAUAUUAUUAUAAUAAUUAUUAUUUUUUAUACAAGGAAUGCGUGUAUUCAUGGUGCGAGAAUGAGAAUAAAAAAAUCGUAGCAGAGGUAAAAAGGGAGGAAGGAGAGAAAAAGGCAGAGCGAUAGUAUAAGAAUGAAUGGAAGAAAUAAUCAGUAUGCUUGGAGAAAAAAAAGAGAGUCGUGUCCAACGAUCGUACGAAAAUUUGUUAGUGUUACUCCAUGACAUUUUUUUUUUUUUAUUCGUAAUCGAUAUUUUCCCCUAGCCCAACUUCCAACUUCAUCAAACAAUCUUACAUCAUAAUAAUCUAUCCACCCUGAACAUUUCGAUCGCCUAACUAUAUUUUCUUCGUUAUUUACAGAUGUAGAUCUCGCAAGAGAUUCAUCGUGUGUGCAUUAGAGAACGAUUUUGCCGAUGAACGAUUUUUAUUUGCUAUCGUAUCAUCCCUUAUAAUCCUUUACGUUUAUUAAUAUUAUUAAUUAAUGAUAUAUUAUGAAAGGCAGCCGCGUUACAGUCACGAGGAGACCUCAAUCGCGAUUAGAAGAGACCGGUGAAUAAACAUUAGAGUAGAGUAGAAGAUUGAUCAAUCGUUGAAAUCAAUCAUUUUUUGUAUUUUCUUUUUUUUUUUCUCAUGUUAACGCGUUAUUAGAAAUAUAUCGCAUAGCAACAUGAAGCGAGUAUGUGGUCUUCUCGUGAUCGUUUCCCAGCCGUCUGGAUAUCGUACUUAAAGCGGCGAUGCGAAACGAAUCCACAGGCUUCGCCUUUAUUUUGUUAGAAAUGUACCCGUGUAAGAGGAGGAAUGUUGAAACCGGCCGAUUUCGGGCUGAUGCGCGCGUACUGUACUGUUUUGUUAGAGGAUCUUGAAGCCGGACAAGUUGCGGAAUCAGAUAAAAAUGAUGCGAGAAUAUCGAAAUAUAAUACCGUUUUCGCGUUGUCUUGCCAUCGUGAGAUUGUGCCAGAGGUGAUAUUAUAUUACGCUGUUUAUUGCAAACAAUAAAUAUUAUAUUAGUACGUUUUAUAAA